AUGCUGGGGAGUUUUUCCCAUAUGAAAAAUUGCUACAGAAAUACUACAUGCUCUCCUCUAAUGGACGGUUGCCUUCAGCUCAUUAUAAAUAAAGCGGGAAUCAUGAUCAUAACUUUAAAAAUUACAUUUGGUGUUCUUUCUUCUCAUUCUGCUUUGAUCUUCUCUGCUUUAAGGUUGAACAGAAGAUUGGGUGAUUACUAUUGGACGGUUAAAAACUAG